AUGGAGCUCAAGAUGUUUAGAUGUAUUCUAGUGGCGCUAACACUAGCAACUGUUGGGGCGGGGCACGCGCAGAGAUCACAGAUUAGACACGUUACUUCUUCCAGCUGGGAUGGCUGGGAGGGUUGGGAUGGCUGGGAGGGUUGGGAUGGCUGGGAGGGCAGGGAUGGCUGGGAGGGCUGGGAUGGCUGGGAUGGCUGGGAUGGCUGGGAGGGUUGGAAUGGCGGGGAGGGUUGGGAGGGCUGGGAUGGCUGGGAUGACUGGGAGGGCUGA